AUGUACUGUCAAACAGGGAUGGUUGGAUUUUCCCAGUCUACCGCUUGUACUCCCAUAUUUACCUCGUUUUCGGAGGGAGAAUGUCUAUCCAAUGAUUUUCUUUCUGCUCAGUCACUUUUUGGAUCACCACUAGUUUCGUCUCUGGGCAACGUAACCACCGAAAUAGCAUUCACAAACACAAGUCUGCUGGCAGUGCGGUGGCUCGAUGGUCAGUGCCAAAACGUCAUUGAAGAGGUUUCGAUGAAGAUCGGUCUCAAUGACAGUUUGAUUGUCGAGGCUCAAUUGUCGUCGAUCAAGUACUCUACAUUAACUGCGCAAAACUACUCAGAAUUCAAGCAAAAGUUCACCAUCAAUUUCAACAAUUCGUUAGAGCCUGAGGAGGAUGUCAAGAAAAUAGGAUAUCAACAAGGCGACGAGAUUUAUGCGAUGAGAGGUGAGUAG